CUUUGCAUAGCACUCAAUCUCUUCAAGACCUCUGGAGCCCUAGUCUCCACAAAUUCCCGUUCAAAACGCGAUGUCUUCUCUGCUUGGCACUCUGACCAACAACCUUCAUACACCAGACAACUUAUUCUACUCCAAGAACAGUCACCCCAUAGCCAUACACGAUCCGGAAUCUGCUGCAAGCUCUCCACCCGAAAAGACCCUCCCAGUACCGAUGUCGCAUCAUGACCAUCCCUUAAUCUUGCCUCCUGCGACGGACUUCGACACGACACAUAAACCUACUCGAGAAUCCCCGGCGCGUUCGCACCGGGGCUCACCUUGGAGACCAGUGAGCGCGUCUAGCAGUAGCCACCAAUGGGGUAGCUACAAAGGACUCGAUAAGGACGCGCUCAGCUCUCUUCAGGAAUACUGCAGCUCGUUUGAUCAAGUCAGGCUUCUGAAGCGGGGAUUACAGACCUUGACGUGAUAUUUUCUAUGUUUUCUCCUGAGAACACGGUUCGUUAGGCGUUCUUGGGGAGUGGGGAUUUGUAUUUGGUGAUCGGGUUAUAUAAUUCUAGCACGG